AAUGCAGCCACUCGAUUGUUAACAAGCAACAGGGCCUUGAAAAAACUCUACCAAAAACUCAAAAGUAAAUUAGUUUGAUAUUGUGGCUCUCAUACCAUUUUAUGGGAUUGACUUUCCCUUUAAUGAGUCUGUUAUUGUUUUCUUUAUCUACAACCCUAAUCCUUUAGAAUGGGCUCUCGGACACUUUCUUUGGCUGUGGAGGAGCAGCUUCGUAGCCUCUGUCUGAAGGACUUUCCAUGUGGACAUGGCUGUUGGAGCAAAUCCAGAGGGAGUAUCUUUGAGGAACAGAGUUGGGGCUACAGCGAGCAGGACGAGGGGAGAGAAGGUGCAGCCAAGGAGGAGGAGGAGGCCCUUAUGGAGCACUUGACCAGUCCACUGUCCCCAUGGCAACAUGAGGGGUCAUGGAGCCCCCAAGCCCGAACCCUGAGAGAGCUAUCUGUGCGAACACCUGAACUUCUCCAUGGCAACUUCAUAUUCAGCCACUUCAACACCCUACGUAUUGUAGACAAGGGUGUCUCCAUUGUCGAUGAUGGCGUGCUCAGGUUCUCCAAUCUAAGAGAGUUAGUGCUGAGUGCCAACACAAUUUCUGAACUACAAGCAGAGUACCUGCCCUGCACUUUACAAGUUUUGGAGCUCUACGCCAACCAGGUUUCCAGCCUUAAAGGUCUUAGCAGCCAGCCUCUACCCUGCCUUCAGCAUCUGGGUCUGGGCUGCAACAGGCUGGGUUCCCCCGCAGACAUCCAGUACCUCACUGGAACUCUAUGGCCACAGCUGGUAUCUCUGGACCUGAGCUGGUCUGGCUUCCAAGGACAGCGGGCCCUAGUGGAUGCCCUGGUCACCCUGCCUUGCCUGAGGACCUUGGUGCUGGAGGGCAACCCCCUUACCUUCACCCCUUCCUACCCAGGCUUCAUCCUGGACAGUCUCCCGAGGCUGUUCUACCUGGACGCCACACGGGUUACACCGGAGGAUCACCAUCGCUUUGAAGGCCUGGCCAAGAUGAGAGACCUGAUAGUGGACCAGGCCAUGGCAACAGUGACAGUGCGAAGGAUCAGGGGUGUCCCGGACCCACUGCUGACUGUGGAUGAGAGUGCCCCUGAGUUCCCUGUGGUCAGCUACAGCUACUUUGUCAACUAUGAGUUCCUCAGCCAACCACCCCCUGGCAACAAGGCAUGA